AAGGAUCUAAAACCAAACCUGGUAGCUUUAUCAUCACCUCCCUUCAUCAUCUACCACAUACAAAUAUUGAUUCAGACAGCAGAAACUCUAUCAAAGGAACAAACCAAAUCAACAAACUAACCCUAAUCGUCUUUUCCGGUCCGAUCCUUUCCCAGUAAAAGUUCUAAAUGAGUCGUGCGCAGGAUGCAAACCGAUCGUUCUUCCCUUUUGGAAAUCCUUUUAGGAUGAUAUCACCUAGAGGCACUAAAAUUACUUCAGAGCUGUUUUCAGUAUUACAAGCUUUUGAAGUAACUUUGGAAGAGAGGCUGAAAAAGCUUAUUCACGAGAGCAAGGAUGAGAUCCUUAGCUUGUCUUGGAUGACUUUGGCGAUGCAGGCACUUUCUGAGAGUUAUAAUGACAUUAAAAAUCUUAUAGCAGAGCUUGAUCUGCCUGUUAAUGAUUGGGAUGAGAAAUGGAUAGAUGUUUACUUUGACAUUAGCGUGAAGUUGCUGGAUCUUUGCAUUGCAUUCAGCUCUGAAUUAUCACGGAUGAGUCAGGGUCAUCUUUUACUUCAGUGUGCUUUGCACAAUUUAGGUUCCUCCUCUUCAGAGCAGUAUGAUCGGGCAUGUUCUUCACUUGAUGGUUGGAAGCAGCAUAUUGGUUCAGGAAACCCUAGGAUUGAGAAAUGUGGAAGCAUUUUGGAUGGUCUUCUGGGGUCACUUGAUCUUCCUAAGGUUAAAAAGUCUGCAAAAGGGAAGGUUUUGAUGCAAGCUAUGUAUGGAGUCAAGGUGCUCACAGUAUUUGUUUGCAGUGUGUUUGCUGCAACUUUUUCAGGCUCUACAAAGAAUGUGAUGCAUCUGGACGUGGCUGACUUAUAUUCUUGGUCCGGAACCUUUAAAAGGUUGCAAAAUCUUGUAAAUGAGGAAAUUAGAGUUAGAUUUUCAAGUGGAAGAUUUACUAUUUUGAAUGAGUUGGAAUCUGUUGAUUCCGCUGUAAAGGAAUUAUAUCCUAUUAUCCAGCGUGUUGUAGAUCCCAUCGAGAUGGAAUCACUUGCGAAUAUUGUCGAGGAAUUAGGAAAAUCAACGGAGAAGCUUUCACAGGGACUAGAUCUUCUUACAAAGGAAGUCGAUAGUUUUUUCCAAGUGGUCUUGACUGGUCGUGAUACCUUGCUAUCUAAUCUCAGGUCAGGUGCUAUUGUCAUUCACAGCAACAUGGGGAGUAACAGAAAUGCACAGAUUGUCAAAUGAAUUUGUCGCAACCUAAGACUGGUGGUACACACAAAUGGAUGUAGGUAUUUGGUUUUCUUUUUUAUGAUUGAUGGUGCUCAAUCAUGUAUGGCUUGUUAUUGUAUGGAUGUUAGAAUGAUUAGUAGUUUAUAUGGCUGUAUUUUGGUUCGGAAAUGUAUAUUUGUGAUCGCCUGUGUAAUGUUACAUAGUAAAAUAUAUACAACAAAGUCACAUGUGCUCAUAAAAGUUUGUAAUUUGCAGCCCUGUGAUUCUUUCUAUUCAUUUGCUCAUAAAAUAUCGUUUUUCAUUAUCCUGAAACUUGAUGAACUGAUUAUCUGAGGGCAAUUGACAGAUUAUUAUUUUGUGAUUGCAUCAUUGAAUAUAAUCUGUACUCAUUGUACACAAUAAAAAACGUUUUAAUGUCACAGAUUCAUUUGAAGACGGGUUUAUCGGAUGGUGAGCUAUAUUUCUACAUUGUACGUAUGCAACUUAUUAUUUCAUAGAUUGAUUUGUGCGCUUUCUUCAACUCCUCUUGGUCUCAAGUUUUAUACCCACUUUCUUUUGAAUUUCUGUUGGUUGUCCCACACUUAAUUGUCAGUAUUGAAGGCUGUAGUAUAAUGGUAUAUCUCUUGAAUAUCAUGUGAUGCAGCAAAGUGUUGAGUAUCGUAUGUUAUUUGGCAUAUAUCAUUUUUUAUCAUCUGAUAUUUUGAAACUCACAGAUCAGUUGCAAUACCUUCAUAUCAAGGUGCGACAUCUGAUUCUGAUCUCCUUUCACCUUAACGCUCAGAACUUCUUGCAAUUGAGUGUCAUUUGGGCCAUAACUUGUCGACACCUGUGAAAAUUGAGCUGCUUUUGAGAUCCGAAAAUUGAAGUGAACUUUUGCAAGAGUACACACUCAAUUUCUAUAUGAACUCUGAGCUGAAGGCUCGAAGGGAUUGUAUACCACGUUUUGGGUCGAUGGUAUGUUUCAUCUCCCUCGACAAGCCCCUCAGAGUGUCAGGUGUCAAAGAAAUCGAAGAUGUGAAUCUCUGUACUCAAUUAGUAUCGUGCUCUAAGCUGGUAUAACAGAGUUCUGCUAGCUCUGUUGAAGAGUGCAGACACAAGCUUUGUCAAGAUUAUGAUCGAGAAUCGACAACUGAGCCACAAGCCAAACCACGUGCACGCGCCAUCUGCAUCUUGGUUGUAACUCCUUUUUGAUUAAUAAAUAUUUUAGUUAAAUGGAAGAUUUUAAAAUGUCUUAUUAAAUAUGCAUUUGAUGUUUGAAAA